CAACCCAAAACAUACAGAGUCUGUUUCGAAGUACACUCUCGCCGUCAAAUCAAAAGUGAAACCCUAACCAAGAAAUUGCUUGGUAUUUUCCAUUUCAUUUCUCAAUUCUCAGUAUAAUCGAAAACAUCGGGGAAAAUUUUACCUCAACAAAGAAUCACAGUAUUGUUUAUUUUGAAUAACAAAAGAACGCGGCUGCACAAUGGGUAUGGAGAAAGAGAAAGAGAAAGAAAAAGAGAAGGAAAAGGAAAAAGAGCAAGAAGAAGAACAAGAAGGCAUGUCGGUUCACUCUCCUUGCAAAGCUCCUCCUUCCUCCGCUUCCUCUCUCCCCAAGGAGCAAUCACAGGUUGAAUUGGAGCUUAGACUGUUGGAAGCUCUUGAAAUUUACCCUCCAGUCAAGCUUCGAGGUAUGCAUCGGCACUUUGUCCUCUAUGGUCUGAUGGAAUUUCUGCAAAGAAGAUUUGACCGCCACUUUUCCCCUGAUGAGGUUUUGCAGUUGAUGGAUCGAUUCUACAACCUAGAAAUGCUGAAACCGGACGAUGAAGAGAUGGAAAUUCUGAAUCAUGAGGAAGAUUUUAACUUGCCCCAGAGCUAUUUUGACAAGGAAGAAAAGUGACCCACGAUUCUUGGUGUACAUAUUUGAGCUUUUAGUGCAGCCUAACUUCGCUUUUGGUUCUUGUCUUGCUCAUGGAUUUUGGUCAGUAUUAAAGAAUGUUGUAUUGAUCAAGGUCUGAGCUUUAGAUGAGAGCAAUAUUGCUUCAGAAUCCA